AUGCAAGUUUCUAAAAGAUGUGUUCAAGUAGGAGAACUUGUACUAUUGACUUCAAAUAUUUUGAAUGUGUUGGGGGCUUUCUUUAAACGUGUGGACGAAUUUCGAGAAUCUCAAAAAGAAAAACUCCAAGAGGCAUUAGAUAUGGCUAAGCUAGAAACGGGUAGAGGUUUGAAUCAAGAACUUGGUUUUAUUAAAGCCGGUGACACUCGUUGGGGACCUCACUACAAGUUGUUUGGAAACUUUAUUAGUAACUUUGCCUCCAUUGUUGAUGUAUUUGAUUCUCUUGUUGAAAAUGCAAGAAUCACAAAUGAUCUUAAUGUGUCAUUACAGAAAAAGAAAUGGGAUAUUGCUAAUGCCAUGAUUCUUGUAAAAGUAGCAAAGAGAAGAUUGCAAGCAUUACGAGAUAAUGAAUGGGAUCCUAUUUUAAAAAAGAAUGUUGGUUGGGAUUCGCUCAAAGAUAAGCUACAAGAACUUAAUGACCGUUUUAAUGAGGUGACAAGUGAUUUUCUUAAUGGUGUAGCUUGCUUGAAUCCAAUUGAUACAUUUUCUAGUUUUGACAUCCAAAAGAUAUUGGUGAAGGCUAAAUUAUAUCCUGAUGACUUUGAUGAGUUCAACAUGAAGGUUCUUGAGAAUCAACUUGUUAAUUAUAUUAUUGAUGUUUGUGAUAUUGAUAAAAGAUUCUCCAAUUUAGGCGGACUUGGAGAACUUUCAAGAAAGUCAGUUGAGAUAAAGAAGCAUUUAACUAUCCUCUUGUAUUUCUUUUAG